AUGCCGCUCAAUUCGCUACAAUUCAUCGCCCUGGGUUUCGCAUUCGUGUUGACGCGUAACGCCAUCAUCCAAGCCUCAAGCGUCACUGGCACACCUCCCGGUUUCGCAAUUGGGACAACGGGCGGCGGCAACGCGACGGCUGUCUAUCCUACCACUGCCUCUGAGCUCGCUUCGUAUCUUGGCGACAAUGAACCUCGCGUCGUCGUUCUGAGCCACGAGUUCGACUUCACCAACACCGAGGGUUCGACUCAGAGGUCGGAAAUAAUAAUUGCGAUUCAAUAA